UCUGCAUCUACACGUUCUCUGCAGGUAGUAUAUACGUGCAGGACAAGUCCACUCGGGGUACAUGGAUAGAUGGCGCAGAGAUGUACGUACGGAACUACCAAGCUCAGACAGAGACCAACAGACAGACAGGCGGACGGACUGCAGCAACCACACACACCCAGAGAGAGAGGGAGAGGGAGAGAAGAGGCAACACAUAGGCAACAUGCAAGCGGAAGGGAGCGCGGACGGACAAUGGCAGUGCCCGAACAGCCCCUGUCUGUCCAUCUGUCCGUCCGUCUGUGUCUGUGUCUGUGUCUGUGUGUCUCGGUCUCUGUCUCUCUCUCUCUCGCCGUGUCUGUUCAAAAAGGUCCCCCCUCCUUCUCCUUGUCCUUGUGCUCCCCGCUCUCCCUUGUCUCGAUCGAUGGCCCCUUAGCCGCUUCCCCCCUCGUCGUUGUUUUUGCCCUUUCUUCACUACCGCGGUACACUGUUCUUUGAACGUUCCUUGUUUCUUUCCAUGCAUGGCCGAGAAAACGCCCCGUCCGCCGCGGAUCCAAGGCUCUAAAUCAGACAGGGGAUGGGUGGUGGUGGAGGGUGACAAAGAGGGAUAAGGUGAAUUGACCGGGGGCCAGGAUCCGCGCGGCCCCAUCAAUCUCAUGGCAAAAACGCGAGCGAGCCCCGUAAGCGAGCCAAUCAGACGUAUUUCCCAAAAGAUCGGCACUGUCAUUGGCCGAGCACCCUUGCGCUUGUACGAGUCAGGGUUUAGUCCCGUCUUUUUUCGGCAUCCUGGCACUUCUCUCCCUCUCCCUCUCCCUCAUCGUCACCCGAGCCCGCGGCCAAAAAACAAACAAAGCACCAUGAUGAUGAUGAUGAUGAUGAUGUCAAAUGCAGCCGAAGUGUAUGGGCAACCAAUGCAGGUUCGCGACGUUCCAUCACACGCUCUCUGCUCCUCCAUCGAAUCCUCCCGUCGUCUUCUUCUCCCAUCUUCUUCUUCUUCUUCUUUUCGCUUCGCCGUUGAUGUCCUUCCUUUUCCCCGUCCCGUUGGCCUAUACUCGGCCCAUCCAUGAACCGUUAUAACACAACAGCAUCCACAUCCCCCCCAGUCUAUAAUACAUACCCUUCUUCCUUCUAUACACAAGCCCCUCGAAACCCGCGUGCAUGAUGAAGGAUCUCUCUCGACCCACACACUUCACACAUGCUUCCAGACACCGUCUGUCUUGUUCUGUUCGUCUUCCGUCACUCUUCUGUCACAAUGAGUCUUGGUCACCACCCUCCUCUCGUUCUAUUGCCUUGGAGCGAGGGGUGGGGGGCGGGUAGCUGGUUUUACCAUCAUCCCAAUAGUAAUACCCCGUCCCGAACUUUAACCCAGAAACACGUCGUUGGGAAGAAGAGAACGCCGCACGCACGCUCGCUCGCUCGCUCUCCCAACCACCGCAGCCCAGCCCAGCCCAGCCUAGUCUUUCUUGCGAAGGGAACCCGCGUGGCACAGUUCAAUCACUGUCCAUUCAUUAAUCAAAAUCCCUCCAACGUCCCCUUCUCCCAUAAGUCCACACAAACAAAAACAGUGAUAGGAGCAAUUAGAAUUUUCCCCACUGUUUGUAUUUGUUUGUCCCCCCCCCCUGCGUUGCGUUUUCCGAACAAAAGU